UGGGACUGGGCGGGCUAAAUGGUCUAGGUAUUCAGUUGUGCUCCGAUUAUUGUGUCGAUUAGUUCCCCGAACUGUUAUACCUACUACUUACUUUAAAGUAUCCACAAGACGUGUGCGGGGCAGUAGGUGGUUUUGAUGGUGGCAGCCAGCGGCAAGAAUUUUGAAUAAUAAUUGACACCUUAGUGCGCAAGUCAUUUAACAAAUGUUUUGAAUUUAAAACAUCUUCAUUUUGACGACGAGUCUAUUGCAAGUGACUGGCGCCCGGGCAAACGCAUCGGUGGCGGCGGCGGUUGUGGCGGUGUUGUAGGAUCAAAGUGUGCUUGUAAUCAUCAGUAAAAAGAAAGAGAUCGUAGAUACUUUGCGGUUAAAAGAAAAGAGUGAUCUCUUAAUCUGUCACUUCACUCGUGUAACUUGGAGAAGCUUUAAGUGUUCGUUUGUUGUCGUAUUUAAUUGAAUUGUUUACACUUUGAUUGUUUUUUUUUUUUAAUUUGAACAAGGGCGAACUUUGACGUGUAAUGAAUUAUCAAAGAUUUAUUUUGUUCGAGGUAAUGGUUUGUUUACUGAGCCACAUUAGCUCUUCGAGAAGUCAAGGGAUUCCCUUUGAAGUGAAUAGCACAAGUAUAUCGAGUGGUGGUGAUGUUGUUAGCGGAAGUAAUAUCAAUUCGACCAACACACCAGUUGAAUCAGAUGGGCCUGGUGAUGUUGGUGACGAUGAUGACGAAGAUGAUAGUGAAAAAGUAGAUAAAUUUGUCUAUGAUUACGAUGAAGACUAUGAUCAACCCAAAAAACCAACAAAUCAAUCUAAGCCCAAGACUGGCAUAGUCUACACUUGGGCCAAGUGGCCGAAAUGGAAUAAGUGUUCUCGGACCUGUGGUGGUGGAAUUCAAACUCGGAUACGAAAUUGUGUGGAAAAGAAACAAACAGGAACUGAACUAUUGAUAACAGAAUUUCAACCAGGAUCUGAUGGAAUCAUAGGAUGUUUUGGAGUUUGGAAAAAAUUUCGAAUGUGUAAUCAAAAACCCUGUCCCAACGAUGAUGACUUUCGUAACCAACAAUGUGCAAUGCGUAAUAAAAUACCUUAUAAAGGAAAACUUUACGAGUGGGAAGGAUAUGUAAAAGAAUAUCACGAGUGCGAACUCACUUGUAAACCCAUCGACCUUAACUACUAUACAAGUCUUGGCAAAUCGGUUAUCGAUGGUACUCCAUGCACAAAGCCUUCAAUUUACUUCACUCAUUUCUAUCGAGGACGUGCCGUAUGCGUUGAUGGAAUAUGCAAGGCAGUUCACAAAACUGGAGCUAUUCGUGGAGUUACAACGAAUGAUGUGAAGACAAAAUGUGGAUCGGUGCUAUGUCGACCGAUUUCGGAGAUUUUUAGCAAAGCAACUUUGCCUCAUGGUUAUUUUUAUAUUACGACCAUCGGAAGUGGUGCAACAAAUUUGACAAUCAAACAAAUGGCAUCGAGUGAUAAUCGAUUGGCAAUCCGUUCAAUUGAUAACAAGUUUAUCGUAAACGGCAACAACUACGUGUCCGAGAGUGGAACUUACGAAUACAACGGUGAUGCCUUUGACUAUGAUAAGGAGCUCCAAAUAAUCGAGUCAAAAGGACCUCUUUCAAAGUCUAUCGAUGUUUUGCUCAUAGUUCGUGGUAUAAAUCCUGGUGUCAAGUAUGAUUACAACAUUCCAGUUGCAUCAGCAGGUAUUUCAGACUCCGAAGAAGGUGAAACCCAUUGGAAUGAACAAGGUGUCCCGCUGGACGAUGUUGAAGAAAACAAAAUUCCCGAUGUGAACGAAGGCCAACCCAUCAAGCCCAAGGACAGAAAGCGUAGAAAAUUUUCAUGGAAACUUCUCGGUUUCGGGCCAUGUAAUCGAUCUUGUGGUGCUGGUGUAAGAUCACCAAUAUUUCGUUGCAUUAAAGACUCUGCAACUCGAUUCUACACUCCUCGACGGUGUAUGUUCUCUGAGAAGCCAGUUUUCCAUGAGGACAUCUACAAGUGCAACCUUCAAUUGUGUCCGGCCUAUUGGCAAACUAUGGAAUAUGGUGAAUGUGUAUGCACAGAUGGUGUGGGACAGCACAAUCGAACUGUUUCCUGUGUUCAGGAGCAAGCUUCCGGAGCUGUAGAAAUUGUCGACGAGACCGAGUGUGAAGCCGAUAAACCAGUCGAGUCAGAAGAAUGUGACUGUCCGAAGAAAAUCCGUAGGAAGAUAUACUCCCAGAGACCAGAUAAAUCAGCAAAAAUCUAUUCAAGACUUAUUGGAUCGUCAGCGAAUGUUUAUAAUUCCUUCAAUCAAACUCUGGGACUGCGAAAGGUUGUCAAGGGAGAUCAAGACAAAACUGGUGUUUGGCUAAUGUCUGAAUGGAAUUCACAAUGCUCUAACGAAUGUGGAUCAGGGGGUCUGGAACAACGGUCAAUCUAUUGCGAUCGAACUGCUCCAUAUACAGAUGUUUGUGAUCUACGAAUCACUCCUGCCAUGUCCCGACGAUGUGAUCAGAGUAAGAAAUGCCUCGAAGGGGAAUGGUUUACAUCAAAUUGGAGUAAAUGCUCUGGAGAUUGUUUCAAUCUUUCAAAGAAAAGAACAGUUUUGUGUAUUAUCGAUGGAAUGGUUGUAGAAGAUGAUGGUUGUAAUCUUGAUGAGAAACCAACUGAUACUAAGAACUGCACUCAUCGGGAGGUGAAUUAUUGUGGACCAAAGUGGUACUAUUCAGAAUGGUUUGAGUGUUCUCGACCAUGUGGCGAAGGAACUCAAAGACGUUAUGCCAAAUGCCUGGAUUAUGACUGGCAGGAAAAUGUGCUGCAAGAAUCUAAUAGCUGCAAGUAUAUGGAACGAGAACCAGUCUAUGGCACUUGCAAUACUCAAAAAUGUGAAGAAAUCGAAUCUCUAGUUUCAUCAGUUCAAAACGAUUUAGAAUUUCCAUCUUGUACUGACGAACUAGCCAGUUGCAAGCGUAUUAACAAACAGAGACUCUGCAAGGUCGCUUACUAUCAAAAGAUGUGUUGCCAGUCUUGUGAGGGUGUUAAUAGUUUUAAGAAGUAAAAAGCCUCCAGUAAAAAUGAAGGUCCUUUAAACACUAGUUUUACUAAGUUAAGUUUUGUAGGUUAUAAGAUAAAUUUUAUUCUAUUUAUUCUUUUAAUUUCCUGAGUCAGUAUUGAUAAAUAAAA